AUGAUCCGACAAUUAUUUACAGCCGCCUCCUCGGCGCGCCUCGCGUGCCCAGUCUCGACCACCCUCAAGACCCAAAUCACCAGACAACCAACAUGGCACCUCACCAAAACCACCCAAAUUCCCCUCCGCACCACCCGCACCUUUUCCAGUACCCUCUCAACACCCUUCACAUCCACCGCCAUCAAAUCCUCCUCGCCCUUCCGCCUCUCCUCCGACAAACCCGAGCCCUACCAGAACCCCAAUGACGAAUACUACAGCCCCUACAAACCUAAGCGCCAAUGGCCCCCGGAUAUGUCCAAGCUCUCACCCAAGCACCAGUUCCGACUGGAGCGUAAGUACCGGCGGCGCGCGGCGUUGAAAUAUGCCCGGCCGAAGUUUAUCAAGACUGUUACGCUGGCGCAGUGGGUUAUCAUUGGAUUUGUCGUGAUCUAUGCGGUUCUUUUCAUGAACUGGGAUACCAAGGAUACGCCAUUUGAUGGGAUCCGAGAGAGUGUCUUCGCUGGUAUCAAGGCUGUGUUCUCCAGUCCCCCGCCUCCAGGUCCCGUGAAGAGGGCAGACGAGAAUGGUGGGAGUGGAGCUCAAAAGUAG